AUGUUGAAAGCUAACCUUCCAAGUGAAAGAUUAGCUGGAACUGUUGAUCAGUUGUCACCUGGGAACAAUGGAAUCCUCAGAUUCAAUGGUCGAAUCUGGGUUCCUAUUUAUGGAGGACUUGGAGAUUUAAUCCUCCAGGAAGCACAUAACUCUAAAUAUUCAGUUCACCCUGGAGGUGACAAAAUAUAUCAAGAUUUGAAGGCAAAUUAUUGGUGGAUGGGUUUGAAGAAAUCUAUAGCCACACACGUAGCGAAGUGUCUGAGGUGCUCACCGGCUAAAGCUGAACAUCGAAAGCCGUCAGGACUGCUACAACAACUAGAAAUUCCCACGUGGAAAUGGGAAAUGGACACUCAUAGCUCCGAUAAAUUAGCAAAGUUAUAUGUGGACAAGAUUGUGUCCCUUCAUAGAGUGCCAGUAUCUGUUGUAUCUGAUAGAGAUAUUAGUACGGUUUAUCAUCCUUAG